AUGUCAGUUGCCUGUUGUAUUCCAGUUGUUGAAUGUGUAUACUGCUUAGGUUGUAUACGUUGGGUGUGGAAGAAGUUCCUUUAUACUGCUGGCCGUGAAAGUGAGAAUUGGGGACUUGCAAUUGCCAGUGAGUUUGAGCCUGUGCCAAGGUUCUGUCGAUAUAUUAUGGCGGUAUAUGAGGAUGAUAUUAGAAAUCCCAUAUCGACUCCACCUGGUGGAUAUGGCAUUGAUCCAGAUUGGGUUAUUGUAAAGAGAAGUCAUGAAGAUACUCAAGGAAAGGUGUCUCCUUAUUUGAUUUAUGUUGAUCAUCAAAAUGCUGAUAUAGUUGUAGCAAUUAGGGGUCUUAAUAUGGCUAAGGAUACUGAUUUUUUAGUCCUGCUUGAUGAUAAACUUGGGCAAGCAGAAUUUGAUGGGGGGUAUGUUCAUAAUGGUCUACUGAAGGCAGCUGAAUGGGUUUGGGAAGCUGAAUCACAACUUUUAAGGAAAUUGGUGGAGAGAUAUCCAGAUUAUACCUUGACAUUUGCUGGGCAUUCUUUAGGGGCAGGGGUGGUAACGCUGUUGACGAUGUUGACUGUGAAGAACAGAGAAAAGUUGGGGUUCUUAGACAGAAAAAGGAUCAGGUGCUUUGCGAUUGCUCCUACAAGGUGUGUCUCGCUAAAUUUGGCUGUGAGAUAUGCGGACAUCAUAAACUCUGUUGUACUUCAGGAUGAUUUCUUACCUCGGACCACUGUAGCACUGGAACAUGCUUUCAAGUCACUUCUCUGUUUCCCAUGCUUGAUGUGCAUAAUGUGCCUAAAGGAUACAUUCACCAUGGAGGAGAAGAUGCUAAAAGAUCCAAGACGCCUUUAUGCUCCAGGUCGUCUUUAUCAUAUUAUUGUCAGGAAGCCCUUCAGCUCUGCUAAUAUUAAACCCAUUGUGAGGACUGCUAUACCUGUUGAUGGACGGUUUGAGCACAUAGUUCUUUCAUGCAACAUGACAUCUGAUCAUGGCAUUCUUCGGAUACUGACAGAAUCACAAAGAACAAUUGAUUUGAUGUUGGAGAGGCAUCAGAGUACAGAUUCUAUGAAUAUCCCCGAGCAGCAGAGAAUGGAGAGACGGAACUCUCUCGCUAAGGAGCACAUGGAGGAACACAAGGCUGCUUUGCAAAGGGCAGUAGCACUGGAUGUCCCCCAAGCAUAUUCUCCUUCUGCAUAUGGAACUUUCCGCAACAUAGAGCAAGGUCCGGAUUUCAGACAACCAGGGGAGUCCUCUCUCCCCAUUUCCCAAAAAAGGAGAGAAAGCUGGGAUGAGUUAGCAGGGCGUCUUUUUUUAGACAGAUGAGUCAGGGUGAACUGGGUUGAAGAAGUCAUAUAUUGGUCAGUGUCAUAUUCAUAUUUUUUUCCUUUAGGGUGUCUUGGAAUAUAUUUAAUGCCCCUGUACAGGUUAGUAGGAUGGCUUUUAGUAAAGAACAGGUAAACAAGUUUCUUGUUAGUUCACUAGUUGGCGUAAUUACUAUGAAGGAUAGCAUGUUCCCUGAUCACAUCAGUUAUUAGCUCAGAGGGACAAAAUUUUGGGUGCCCAAACAUUCAGUUACAGUAAUAUAGAUGAAUGGAAGUUCAGGUCUUGCCCUCUCCAUUACACAGUUGACAGAUGUUA